AUGCGGGGGCGCCGCCAUGCAGCUGGGGCGGCAGCAGCAGCUGGGAUGCUGCUGGUUCUCAUCUGCGACUUUGGGCUAGAGGGGACAAGAGAGGAGGAAAAGGAGAGCAGCGACGAGUUACAGGGAAGUUUUCAGCAGGGACAGGAAUCGCGAGCAGGAGGUCGUCUGAUGGGUGCCUGGAAGACCGAUGACUUGAACGCUUUCGCAGCUGAGAACUCUGCCGUUGAACGAUUUCCUUCGAUCGUUGUAGUACCCCCUGGUAUGAUGCAUCUCCAGGACACUGGCAUGAAACCUACGAGCACUGUUCAGCCGAGUCCUCGUCCAAAUGCUAGUCAUCACCCUUUCUCAUGGCAACGGGUCAACUCCCACCAUGCUACUCAGGUGGAGAAAUCUCUUCGAAGGAUGGAUGGAAGCGAAGACAUAACUGAAGAUCAUUGCUAUUAUGAUCAACCUGAAAUGCUCGUCCAAGAGCUCCGUCACUCGAUUUGCGAUCUGCAUUCAAACAUGGGAGAGCAGGCAUGUGCUCAGUUGUGGUCGCAAGUUCGUCAGCUGCAAGGUGAUAGCGUGGGUUACGUUCUACAGCAAGAAAGGGAUUGGAAUCCCAAGUUUAGAAGCUCCUUCUCUCAAUUCCUUUACAAGAUCUCUGCUCCUACCCCUUCGAUGGGCUCAGGAGAUCAGUUGGGGUAUGUGACUUCAGGGUUCACGUUGAAAGGACCUCUUGCCACGUGGUUUCCUCGAGGAGAUCAGGCAGGUGCUGCCGUUGCGAGCUGCCAGCCUGUUGAUCUCUCAUGGAACUUGGAUUACCUGAGUCUCAACUGGCUGCAGGGUAACAGGAUCCCCUUCGCUGUCAAGGAUUGUGCAGGAAAGGAGGUCAGCAGGUUUUCAGUCGAUUGUCGUUCUCACCCCUUCCAAGGAACUGGUAAGGGCAGGAGUUCGUCUAAACUCAACCUGGAGAUGCUCAAUGCCAAGGCAAUGCAUGUAGAGGAAGAGGCGAUCCGAGGUCCCGGCAGUGGCGUCUUGGGAUGGCAAUUCUACAUCACUGGGGAGGAUGGGGAGGCGGUUGGUUCAAUGAUAAGAAUCAACUCAGCAAAUAAGGCGUGGAUACUGCAGGCCAAUCGUGCGGGCCAAGUGGAUUUGAGACUCCUCGUCAUGGUAGCGUCUAUCCUGGACUUCACGUUCUACAAGAAAGUUGCUGGAUUCUUUGUUGGUUUUUUGGUGUCUGUACUGGCAGUUGCCACCUUUGUGCCGCUCUGGCUCUGUCUGUGCUACAGGGGAAAGAGGGGACAACGUGGAUCUCUGGUGACUAAAAAAGGUCACGAUGAUGACAAGGAAGGCGGUAUCAGACCAAUUGUAGAAGUACCCAAUGACCCGAAACAAGAGCAUCGUACCGAGGAGAAAAGCCAAGAGCAAGAACAAGAAAACCUACUCCAAGAGGAGAAUGAUCUAAAGGCAGAGGAGGAAGAUCUUAAGGUCAGCUCCGUACCGUCUUCCUUUCCCUCUCUCAUGCAUGCUUCAUCCUUGCAGGAAAAUGCUGAUCCAUCAAGUGUCGGCGUUGAGCUAGAAGAAGCGAUUGCAGCCAUCGACAGGGCCAUAGACAGGAACAGCGCAACGCGCAACUCGAGGCGAUGA